AUGAUCAUACCCAAGGUCUAUCAAUUUGGUCCCCAUGUUAUUCCCGAAUCGCAGGUGUUCUUCAAAUCCAAGUUCUGCAUUGGUCUUGUCAACCUGAAACCCAUCACACCUGGACAUAUCCUUGUCGUAUCUCGUCGCAAUGUACCACGGGUCAAGGAUUUGAAUCCUGAAGAGAUAGCAGAUAUCAUGAUGAGUGCGCAAACCAUUGGGAAUGUUGUGGAGAAGCAAUUUGGAUGUACAUCCUUGACGACUGUCAUUCAAGAUGGACCUCAAGCUGGUCAAACGGUUCCACACAAUUGGGAGGCAGGAGCAAGGUGCGAGUAG